AUGAACUCCUCAGAUUAUUGGGAGCAGUCUUCGUUUCAUAGACCAGACUCCAAUAUUUCCCAAAAUACAAAUACCACGGCGGACUCUUCACACCAUCGGGUUCAAAUCCAGGAAGAGAUUCCUCAAAGCGAAUUGCUUGACUCGAUAGCCAGUGCUAAUGCUUCUGACUAUAAUGUCAACCAACAGCAAGCGCUUGGAACAGACGACGACUCAGAAAACGAUGAGGGCAACAUGGGAAUUUCUCAUGGCUCUCCCAUAGAACCUGACGAAGAAGAUGAAGACAACUACCACCAUCAUUCACACCACCACAGUUCCAUGGAUAUCCACCACCAACCUUCCCUAGAACAGAUCCAGAGGGUGUACUAUACAAAGGGGCUCCAAGAGCUUGAGUCUCUACAUUUACUUGAUCUAUCGCCACUAGCAAAUUGGAAAUUAUCUUCACUGAAGCUAGGAUUUGGCUUAAGCCAGCUUCGUGAUGACUCUCCAGACUCGUUCUGGCAGUCCGACGGGAGCAAUGGGAACAACCACAAUGGGAACAACCAGAAUAACGGUAGCAACAACGGUGGCAGUAAUAAUGGCAACAACGGUAAUAGCAACAAUGGAGGAAUAACUAAUGCCAACAACGAGCUUACAAACCCUCACUCUAUCAUAAUCCAGUUCUCGAAGAAGGUUUCCAUCGAGCGGGUAUCUAUCUUCACCAAUUUCUCCAUAGAUGAGUCCUAUACGCCGUCAAAAAUUCAGAUUUUGGCUGGGAGUUCCGAUGGCUGGGACUUGAGUGAAGUAUGUGUAGUCAGUUUUAACAAGCCCAUCGGUUGGUCCCAUAUUAUCUUUAAUGGUAUUAGAGCAGACGGAGUUCUCAAAUGUUUUAUAAUAAAGUUGGUGGUGCUAUCCAACCACCAGGAUGGUAAGGAUACACAUAUACGAGCAGUGAAGGUAUUCGGGAAGAAACAAAAGUUGAAGCAGCAGCCGAACACGCAACUGGUAAAUCUUUCCCGUGGCAUUAACCAUUCUGAUAUAUUGAAGGAUAUCAGUGCUAGCAGCGGAUUGGGGUUCGGUAACGUAUCGGGAAUACUGUUGAAUAGUAGUAGGCAUCGCAGACUCAAAAGUAGCGACUCGAUAGAUGAAGAUUCAUUGGAAGCCGAUGUAAUACAGAAAGAGAACACCGUAGAAGAGGACCAGGAAGAAUUGGAUGUGGAAGUCGAUGAAGAUACAAACACGACCGAAAAUAGUACUGCUAUGAACAACACGCUAGGAGUGACGUUGGAGAAUGUUAGCGAAAUAAUCGGAUUCAACUCUGGCUUCCAAAGUCUAGAAAUGAAAAGCAUUUCCUCGAUCAGGUAA